CACUACCUAAGCUGCCGCGGAGGAGCAAGAGCAUCACACGUGUGUUUAUUUUAUGGAAUUAUUGAAAUUAAACUACUUUUCAAAGAAUAAAACGUAGCAGUGAGAUAUCAGAUCAAUGUGGAAAUGGACAGCAGGCUCGGUGUUUGUGAAAUUUGCAACUCUCUGCCAGCAAAAUACACUUGUCCUGGGUGCGAAAUCAACUCCUGCUCUGUAGCUUGUGUCAAAGAACACAAAAAUUCGUAUGGGUGUGAUGGAUUGAGGAGCAAAACUGCGUACAAACCUCUUUCGAAGAUGAAUGACAUGGAUCUCAAGAGUGAUUAUGGACUCUUAGAAGAAAUUGCCAGUUCUGCAGACGCCUAUAGCAGAGAUCCAGCCAAACGAAAAGGAAACAGACCGGGGGAUAUCCCUAAGCUCUUGCAUUACCUGAGAGAAGCUGCCCAUAAAAGGGACAUGAAACUUUGGUUCAUGCCUUCGCACUUCACUAGAAGGAAAAUCAACCGGAGUUAUCAUAACUUUAAAAUAAGGCAAAUUGAAUGGACAGUCCAGUUUAUCUUCCAUAUUAGCAAAGGAGAAAACAAAGUGGCGAUAGCAAAUAAAAUAGCUGAAUCUACAAUGUUGAAAGACUGCGCUCAAAAUAUUUUAGGUCAGGAAAAAGGAGACUGGGUUGAUGGCUUUGGUGCAAAACUGGAUUUUUGCGACAUGUUGUUGCAAGCAGAAAAUAUCAAAGAUGCUAAAAGCAGAUUUUUUAAAAUGGAUCCAGAGAAAACAUUGCAAGAAAAUCUGAGGGGACACACCUUGGUUGAAUUUCCCAUUUUUACGGCAGUGCCGCAAGAAUUUACUAAAAGUUUUAAGCUGGUCACUUUAGAAGAGGCAAAUAAAGAAAUUAUUGGUAUGAUAGAGGACCAAAAGAAACAGGCUGAGAAAAUUACAGAUGAGAUGGAUGUUCUGCCCGCGGCUGACGGACUAGUUGAGGAGAGAGCUGAAUCAGAAAGGAAAAGAGCCAGACUGGAUAUCCCCGAGUACAAAGAUAUUUGCAGAAUUGAAGAAGAAAGUGACGAAGAAAUGGACAUAGGUGGAAAUUUUUUUAAUUUGUAAAGCAGUAAAUAAAUGGUGAAUUAAAUUUAAUUGAACAAAUUACAUACUUAGUAUA